GUCUGGCGCCAGCUCUGGCGGACCUUGGAGCGGAGCGACGCGGUGCUCCUGCUCGUCGACGCGCGGUGGCCCGACUUCUACGCGAACCCGGACCUCAUCGCCUACGCGCGGAGCCUGGGGCGCGAGGUGCUCAUCGUCGUGAACAAGGCGGACUACCUGCGGCCGGCGCAGCGCGAGGCCUGGGCCGCGCACUUUCGCGCGGAGCUCGGGCUCGAGACGGCGUUCUUCUCCGCGCGCCAGGAGCAGGCGGCGCUCGACGAGGAGGGGCGGCGGGCGCGCGACGCGGCGCUCGCGGCCGAGGCGCCGACGGACGCGGACGACGCGGCGCCGGCGCCGCGGCCCGAGCUCCUCGCGCGCGGCGAGGCGCUCGCGAGGGCCUCGCGCGCCGCGCGCGGCGACGACAAGGAGGGCCGCCCCCACUGCGUGGGCCUCGUGGGCUACCCGAACGUGGGCAAGAGCUCCUGCGUCAACGUGCUGCGGGACUGCGACGCCUACGCGCACGGCGUCGGCGCGCGCGCGGGCGUGUCCGCGACGCCGGGGAAGACGAAGCACCUGCAGACGCUGCUCGUCGGCGACGACUUCGAGCUCUGCGACUGCCCGGGCCUCGUGUUCCCCGCGCUCGUCGCCGGCGGCGCGGCGGAGCUCAUCUGCGCGGGCGUCGUGCCCAUCGCGCGCAUGCGCGAGCCGCUCGCGGCGUGCCAGGUCGUCGCGGAUCGGACGCCGCGCGCGCUCUUCGACGCG